CAUUACACACAUUCUGCCAGUUUGCCGAGUGAAAGCAGAGUUCAGUGCCCUUAUGCUGCCUUACAUCAUACAUGCUACGCUUCUUGCUGACAACGGGAGGAAAAGAGAGGUGCUCUCAAGGCAGAUAUCCUUCUUUUUCCAACAUCAUGUUGAGAAGAGCAAGCAUAUGAGUGACACAGGAAUGUCCAAUGCCGUUGAUCUGAUGUGCCUUAAUAAGUCUUGUAUUCAAGUGCUUCUCAGUGUCAUAGACUACUUACGUGCUCAGACCCCAGAGAGGAGCUUCACAAAUAGUGCCAUUCGUACCAGCAGCAGCCGCCUAACGCCAUGGGAGAAAAACUGGUGGCUGCAUGUGAAUUACCUACAGGUCGCUCAGGCUGCACACUACUGUGGAGCUCACUUCUCUGCCAUCCUCUUCCUCCAUCUUAGUAGUGAAGAGCUAGAAUGUGAGAUUAGGGAGAAGAGCGACAAAGAGGCAGAUGUAAAUUCCAGACAAAUUCCCCCACUCCGCCGCCUGUCACACCUGCCUGAGGGCACUGUUCUCAGAAGGCUUAUGCUACAGAUAUACAGUAGUCUUGGAGACAGUGAUGGUGUGGAAGGCUGUGGUGGUGGAAGCAAGCUAACUCAUACUACUUCGAGGGCUAUGAGGUGCCAGCAUAGGGGUCAGUGGAUGGAGACACUUGCCAUCCAUGAUGCUGCAAAUUCCACCUUUGGAAUGAUUACCAGUCUACAAGAGCUUGGCUUCUUCAACACAGUAAAGCAGAUGCUCAGUAGAACAUCAGCCAAGCUCUCACCGGAGCUGUCAGCUGCUCAGUGGGAAUCAGCCUGGAGACUCACACAGUGGGACCUGGACUUAGGGAAGACAGAAGAAGAACCACACUUUGAUAGGAUAGAUGGAAUGGAUGAAUGGAACUUUCACAAGCACUUGUUCCAUAGCCUCCAGUGUCUACGUCACCAGGAGGCUGGGGGUCUCAUGCACCAUACGCUCCAAGCCAAGAAGGGAGUCAUCAGCCAGAUAAGAAAUAGUCGGGCAGAAAGUAGCAGCUCUGUAUACCCGCUGUUGACUCAGCUGCAGAUCCUGAGUGAAGUUGAGGCAGCAUCCUUACUCUUGAAUAAAGCUGAGUCACUUGAAUCUCACAGAGCAUUAGAAGAGUUGGAGGAGUUGUGGGCCUCUAAAAGAUCAGCUGUUCAGUGUGGACUUCCGUUACAAGGAGCCCAUCCUGGCAGCAAGGAUCUCUCUGCUCCAGUCCCUCCCUGCAACACAUAAGGCUUCCAGCACCAGCCUCCUCCACAAGACUCUGCUAAGCAAAAGCAUGUUGUCGAGGGAGAGCCUGAGGAUCCACGGGGGAGGAUGUGAAUCAGCCCUGCAGCAAACAGCGAAGUUAGACGUCUCUAAGAGCAUGGCCUGGAGGAUGCGGCUGGAGGAGGCUCAUGUAGCCAGACACAAGGGAGACAGCCAGGAUGCAGGACAGAUUCUCAGCUCACUGCUUGAAGAGAUGAAAGGGGUAAAGCUGGAGUCAGAGCAAGAGGAGGUGUUGUGUCAGAGCCUGAACCUGUAUGGCUGCAUCCUGAUGGACUCCAGGGCCAGGUCCCCCAACACCAUCAUUAGCCAGUACUUUAAUAAGGCUGUCAACAUUCUCGAGUCAAAUAAUAGCUCAGGAAGUAAAAAAGUCCUGGAAAAUAGCUACCACCAGCUGGCUGUAUACGGUGACAAGCUGUACCGUGAAGUGCACCAGUAUUUGGAGUCCGACACCAUCCAGGCCAAACGGGAGAAUAUCCAGAGGUCACAGGAGGAGUUGAAGCACAUUAAGAACCUUUACAAUUCUUGUACAGAUCUUGCUGAGAAGAAGGAGGUUCAUAGUAAGAACACCCUCCUGCAGAAGAAUAUUGCCAUAGACAUGCAGGUCCUGAGAGAGUUGGAAGUAGAGGAACAGGAGUACAUCUACCUGGCCUUGCAGAACUACCUCAAGUGUCUCUUAGUAUCAAGUGAACACAACCUCCACAUGCACAGAGUCGUGGCACUCUGGCUUGAGAAUACUCAGCAGAAGGUCAACCAGCUGAUUCAUGAGUAUGUAAACAAGAUAAAGAGCUACAAGUUUGUUCCACUCAUAUACCAGCUAGUGGCAAGGCUCAAGCAGCAGGAUGACAAGAGUGACACUUUUCCUCUCAUCCUUUUGAAUCUCUUAGAACAAACCUGCAAGGAGCACCCACACCACUGUCUCCCAGUGGUAAUGGCCCUGGCCAAUGCCCAUGUAGAUGAUGUCUUGGCCAGGUCAGGCGGCAAGAAGAGCAGGUCUCAAAACAGUGAGAUCAUCGAGGAGGACCGAGUUCAGGCUGCAAAACUCCUAGUGAAUCGCCUCAAGAAGACACCUCUCGCAGGCCAUGUAGGUGAACUGGAGAGAAUUUGUCUAGCUUACUUGACACUCGCCAACUGGUCAGGUCCUAAGGAUAAGUAUCGGGCAGGAGAGAAGGUAAAGAUCUCGAGCAGCCAGCCCCUAAUGAAUCUGGGCAGCGUCGAUCAUACGACUGCCCUGACACGCCCUUUGCCACUUCAGCCCUCAGGCUAUUACACACCUCCUGUAAUUGUAGGACUGGAGCCAAUAUGUACCUUUGUUGGGGGGAUCAAUGCACCAAAAAGACUCACCCUAAAAACAUCUGAUGGGUUAAAGCAGUACGAACUUCUAAAGGGGAAAGAUGAUAUCAGGCAGGAUGCAGUCAUGCAACAGGUAUUUGGAAUUGUGAAUGAGCUCCUAGCAAAGAACUCCGAAACUCGGGAUCGAUCGCUGUCUGUACGGACUUAUCAGGUUACGCCUCUGUCUCAGAAGAGUGGUCUUAUCCAGUGGUGUAACAACACUCAGGCUUUUGGGGAGUACUUAAUAGGUCCAAACAAGAGCAGUGGUGCUCACAAACUCUAUUAUCCCAAUGACUACACAGCAGAUGUUUGUCGGGAUUUGAUGGGAAAAGCUAAAGGAAAAUCACUGGAAGCAAGAUAUGAAGUGUUUGAGAAAAUCCUGGAGCAUUUUCACCCUGUGUUCCGACAUUUCUUCUUUGAGAACUACCCAUCACCACACGAGUGGUAUAAGCGCCGCUUGGCAUAUACACGGUCAGUUGCCACUAACUCCAUGGUGGGCUACGUUCUGGGUCUGGGUGACAGGCAUGUGGAGAACAUUCUGCUGGACAAGUCUACUGCUGAGUUGAUCCACAUUGACCUGGGCAUUGCAUUUGAGCUAGGCAAGAUCCUUCCCACACCUGAGACUGUUCCCUUCAGGCUCACACAGGAUGUUCGGGAUGGCCUUGGGGUAAUGGGAGUAGAAGGACCCCUGCGGCGCUGCUGUGAGGCGACACUCGGUGUUUUGAGGAACUCAGGCGAGGUGCUUGUAACAGUUGUAGAGGUCUUACGCCAUGACCCUCUGCACCAGUGGACGCUGUCUCCCCACCAAAUUGCACGCUUGCAGGAGAACGACGAGGAGGACCAAGAACUUGGGUGUACCAGUUCAGCUUCAAUGGCAGAUCGUGUGGUGCUCAGAGUGCAGCAGAAAUUAGCUGGAGUAGAGGAUGGCUUCGCACGCUCCGUCUCAGAACAAGUGACAGUUCUUAUACAGCAAGCAACAGAUCUUUCAAACUUGUCAAGGCUGUUCCAAGGAUGGCAGCCCUAUUUGUGAUUUACUUUGCCAAGGACUUUGCAGUAACAUUGGUGCUGAUUGUUCAAAAUUUUACCAGAUCUUAAUUUUUAAAUGAUUAAAUGCAUGAAAAUGAAGAGAACAUCAGAAUUACAUUACACUGAAUGGAAUUAUUUAAUCUCAGUUUUACUUUUUUUUUUUUCUUUCUUUCUUUCUUUCUUUCUUUUUCUUUUUCUUUUCUUUUUAUUCUUAAAUUUAUAUUGUGAUUGAGAUUUAUGAUAUUUCCUAAGGUGAUAAGAUAGGGUUCCUAAUUACUCUAGAAAUAACCUCAUGUAAGUUGAUUAUUAACUUAGCACCUUCAUUUAAAUGUGAAAUGUUUUAAGGUUAGAUAAAGAUUUUAUCCUUCACAAAUGAGUCCUGUUCCUCCCUCUCCAAGCAUCCACCAGCCAUCACCAUCCAUGUGCAUCCUCACUCAUGCCGUGUCAAUAAAAGAUAAAUACAUGUAC